UACCAUCUCUUUACCAUCUUUUAAUUUCACCAGUUUCCUUGGACGAAUGACUAUAUUUUGCUGAACUUUUACCUAAAAUACGGAAAAAUUGUUUUUUGUUUGUGUGUUUAUAUAAAAAAUAGAUUUAUUCGAGAUUUGAAAAUAGUAUGUUGGAAUUAGAGAAAUUAAAUAACAAAGAGUUACGCAAAAUGUGUGUGGAGCACCAAUUGCCUAACGUUCCCGUGACAGAUACUAGCCGUAAAGUGCUUAUUAAGCGCUUGGAAGCUGCUAUUUCUGGCAAACCAUAUGCAACAGACAAAGAUGUUAAUCGUCGUACUAUACAUGUUUCUACGCCUGCCGAAGUGGCGUCAUCAAAUAUAGUAAGUGAAGAUAGUUCUGCUAGUUCUAUGAAGACGGGUAAUAAUAGACCUACACGGCAUACUAUGGCCGUGUCGGAGCGUAUAGUUUCAACAACAACCACAGUUAGCGAUCCAGAGAGUUCAGAUGUUUCUCCAGAUCGUGUGUCAAAACAAGUAUACGACAAAAUGCAAACGCCCGUAAAGGAAAAUCUAUAUCCAAAGUUACCUACUAAAGAACCCUCACCGAAACCAGUUAUGCUCAGCAAAACUAAUGUGGUGACGACUUCUUUCAUUCAAGAAGCCAAAAAAAAUGUUAAUAAAACUUAUGCCGACGCGGAGGAAAGGGGACAAACAAUGACAUCACAAAUUCAAUCAAAAGCUGUUCUUAUUAAUCAAAAAGUACCGACUACAACAAUUAAACCGACUUUCACUAGCUCUACAACUUCUCAAAGCACAAAAGAAUUCAGCCAAGCGAUGCCCAGCAAGUUUACUACUUCUUAUAAUCAACCACGUCUUGUUUCAAGAGUAACCCUUAAUACGUACAAUUCAGCUUCGGGUGCGCAGCAGGAUUAUAACUAUAACAAGAGUGGUCCACAAGUAAGAAAAAGUUAUGCUUCUCCAUCUUCUUCUUCAAAGUAUCUCGUAAAACCGCAGUAUAUUGAUGAGUAUGACGAUUAUGAUGAUGACGCUGAUCGUCCCGAUGGUUAUGAUGACGACGAUGAUGAGGAUGAAGACGAAUAUGAAGAUGAUGUGAUUGUCGUUGAAGAUAGUCCAUUGGGUGGCGAUGUGAAAACUCCUUUCCUUAGCAAAUUUGCACGCAAUUUGGAAAAUUUGAAAGCUGCCCCUUUGGCCGAUAAAUAUUCCCCAUUGUCGGGCGCUGCUGUUAAUUUGCGUCAACGCGAAUCUUUUGGUCACCGAAUUGGUACGCCUUCAGCAAAAGUAACCUCGCGUCGCUCGUUGCAGGCGACAUCACCAAAACCGGACCCAAUCAAUGAUUCGUUUAGGCAAUUCAUAGGGGCUUUAGAAGAAAAAUAUCAUUUCAAAUGGCCUCUUCUUGUAAUCGUUUUGUUUAUUUUGGGCGUUUUCUUCUAUGUCUUUCUUGUACAAAGCAUAUAAAUGAAGGUUAGCAUUUAAAAUUUAUUUUAUUAUUUUUACUACAAUCUGAUUUUUAUUCAUUAUUGUCAUAUUAAUUGGUAUUAACCAAAUAACUUUUACGUAUACUUUGUUCUUUUUUUUUGUUCCGUUUGUCACAUAUCUAUGAUAUCUUUAUAUAGAAUUGUUAUAAUAAAAACUAAGAAUUUGUAAACUUUUCAA